CCCGGCUGUCCCCGGCCCGACACUGGGGCACCCCCGGACCCCCGGCCUCAACACCCCCGCUGCGGCCAGCACCGCACCGGCCCCAGUUCCCGUGCACAUCGGCCGGACUGUCACACACACACAGCCCCGCUGUGACUCCCUCCGAGUGCCUCAGUGCCAUUCAGUGCUGCCCAGCUCUCAGCGAUCAAGCCGGAUUGCGAGUUGGGAUUCCCAUCCCAGCCAUACUCCUGGGGGCAGCCCAGUGGCGGUGAUCCCUGCAGCUUGGCAUGGGGAGCCAUGGAAAUAUGCCAGGAUGAACUGGGGGGAUCCAAAMGGGUUGAGCCACGGGACCGGAGCAGGAAAGGUGAUGCAGUCCCAGUGGGAUGAGCCAUGGGGUGCCAGAUAGGAUGAGCUGUGGGGUUCYAGAGGGAUGAGCCAUGGGAUCCACUGGAGUGAGCCAUGGGGCCCCACUGGGGUGAGCUGUGGUCCCGUCAAUGCGGCCCACGGAGCAGCACGUAGAGUAGGCCCCAGUGCAGGCAAUGUCGUGGGACAGGAAGUCUGGUGCGGAAGCCGGCAGCCCUGUGCGAGGCUGUUCACACGCGUCCCUGUCAGCUCCCCCAUGGCGGCUCCUGGCACCUUCCUCGUACCUGUCCUCCUCCUCUUCCUCUGUGGGCCGGACCCCUGCCCCGCUGCUGCCCAAAGCCACUCAGGGGUGGAGUGUAUCUUCUUCAAYGAGGAGUACAUGACCUGCAUGUGGGGGAGCAGAGAAACAGUCACCGUCAACUACUCCCUCUACUACUGGUAUAAGAAUGCAUCUGAGAAGGUGGAGUGCAAGCACUACCUGCAGAACCAGGGUGUCAGGAUCGGCUGCUACUUCAACAAGAGYGAGCUCAUCCAGUUCCAGCCUUUCCAUGUCCUCGUCAAUGCCAGUGUUGGCGGCAAGACCCUGGAGAUUCCCAGCAAGCGCAUGGAGCUGCAGGACCAGGUGAAACCAGGGGUGCCCAUCAACCUGACCAUGAGCAACAUGAGCAACAAUCAGCUGCAGCUCACCUGGGCCACCCCGUACUCCAGACCCAACUGCCUGGAGCAUGCCGUCAAGUACAAGAGCAACAAGGACACCAGCUGGACGGAGCUCUCGGUGAAUGGAUAUGUGUUCUCCUUACCCAGCGUGGACUAUGAGAAGUACUACACCUUCUACGUGCGCAGCAAGAUCAACCAGUUCUGUGGCAAGACCCAGCUCUGGAGUGAGUGGAGCGUUCCUGUUGUCUGGGGCAGCAACUCCAGCAGCAAAGGCACGGUGGAGGAACAGCUGCACUGGUUUGGGAUCCACACAAUCUUGGUUCCUAUUGCCUCCUGCCUCCUCCUGCUGGUCCUUGUCAUCCUGCUGGUGCGCAUGGAAAGGGUAUGGGUCAUCCUGAUGCCCCGAAUUCCCAAUCCCAGCAAGAAUUUUGAUGAGCUGUUCAUUACACACAACGGCAACUUCCAGGAAUGGGCUGGAGUCCCCAAAGAUGUCGUGGAGAGCUUCAAGCCCAACUACAGUGAGAACAUCUGCUAUGUGACUGAGCUGCCACCCAAGGACAGCCACGAGCCCACCUGGGACAGCAGCAACCACCCACCACCUCCAAUGCCAACUGCCCCCAGCGAGCACAGCCCCUACAAGAACAGCUAUGGGAGAGUGUGACACAAUCCUGCAGCCCUGCAGCCCCCUGCUCCACAGCUUUGCUGCCCAAACCUUACUGCUCUGCAGGCCCCGCUCCCUGCUCCUGCCAUGCCUCUGCCAAAUGCCCUGGAUCCCUGGUCUUGCUUCCUGCCAGCUCCCUGCUCCGAGUGCCCACAGGCACAUCCAGGGACAUGUCCUGGCGAUCAACAGGCAGGUGCCACUGGCCAGCUGGUAGCAACACAGGGGUAGAGAGUCCCAGGAGGGCCAAGUGUGGAAAAAUAAUGGAAGACGGGCAAGGAAGAUUGUAAACAUGCUCAAGUGGCUUGCGGCUGAUGUAGAAAAACACAUACACCAUACUCAUAGUUGUUUAGCCUUGUGUGUUCAGUAAGUAGAACUGUAUUUAGAUAACACAAGUCUGUGACAGACUUAGUGGCACCUUAUUUAACAUGCUUGAGAUUCCAGUCCUGCUGUAGGAAAGAUCAAAUCACAGUGGUAAACCACGACUCCACAGAUCCUUGAUAGACAGGCAAAAACAGCAGGUUCAGUGAUCACCUAGGGUGGAUCAAGCUCCACAGUGCCUGCAUCUCUGCUUAUGUGCUUCUGCCUGGGUGCUGCUUGGAGGAUCCUCCAUUUGGCGAGGCAAUAAAAAUAAAUUUCAUCUUUGCCUUGUA